AUGGAAUCUUUCGAUGCGUCGCCGGCUUCUUUUGACGGCGGAGAGUACACCAGCUACGACGAUUCCUACGCCGCCUUCUCCUCCUCCGCUGACACACCGCCGUACUCAGCUCCAGCCUACACUCCGGAGUACGGCGGGGCCGAUGAGGUGCCGGUGGAUCACGCGGACAGCCCAGAUCCGUUCGGAUUUGGAUCGAGCCCUCCCCAGCCGUUCGGAUCAGCCGGCUCGGUCCCGAUCUCUAACGGCAACGGAGAUUCGCGUUAUAACCUCGGGGAAGAUACGGAAGGAAUUUUCAGAUCCGACGGGCCGAUCCUUCCACCUCCGAAUGAAAUGCACGAGGAAGGAUCAGCUCUUCGAGAAUGGCGGAGGCAAAAUGCCAUUCGGCUGGAGGAGAAGGAGAAGAAGGAAAAGGAAAUGCGAAACCAGAUCAUAGAAGAAGGCGAGGAGUAUAAAAAAGCUUUCUACGAGAAACGAAAGCUUAAUCUGGAGACCAACAAGACCACCAAUAGGGAGAGAGAAAAGCCUAGCCCGCCAGCCACCAGGUCACCAGCUCCUGGCUCACCGAGUCGUGUACCCGACACGUACCUCGGGAAGGACUGGUUCAAGGAUGGCCCCCACCGGGUCGAGCGCGGUUUGGACAUGUCUAUUUAG